AGAUAGUACUAGUUCAUCGAUCAGUGGUGGAAAAAGGCAAUUGCAAAGCUGGAAAGGAAAAGCUGUCUUUCUGCGCCACUCCGUGCCACUGCACCCACCCUCAUCACUCAUCUUCUCAACCCUUUCCAUUCCAAUAUUAAUUAACCAAAUAUCUUUUAUUACAACACAAUCACAUCUUAUUUCUCAGACUCAUUGCAUUCAUUCAAUCACAAAAAAAUAUGAUAUUACUAAUACCAACGUCAAGACAAGAAGAGAAAGAUUAGAAAUUAAACACUACGCCAGAGUGCGCACUUUAGCACUAUGGAUUCCUCUACCUUCAAUUCGCUUUGUUAUCACGGCAUCCUUACUCUCACUGACACUCAUACCAACAAGCAGUAGUAGCCAUACAGAAAAGAACCGAUUCCAAUUACUUUCCUUUUCCAUAUUCUUCUUCCCCAAAUUAAAAGGGAAACCCUAAUAUACCAUUAUCAUUCCAUUUCUUUUUUCCUUAUAUAUAUCAAAAAUCCUCACCGGUUCGAUUUUUGGAGUAGGAGGGGGUUUUACUUUUUGCGGUGGCCAAAAAUUUUAUUAAAAAAAAAUAUGUUGUGGAUUAUGAAACUGUCAUGGGUUUUCUCUGCCGCAAUGUUGGUUAUCAUUCUCUCCCCCUCCCUCCAAUCUUUUCACCCCGCCGAAGCAAUUCGAUCUUCCUACCUUCAAAUCCCUCUCGAUUACCGAUUUUCUUUCCGAAAAUCACCUUCUUUCCACAAUGCAGAUGAAUGCGAUUCGAUUUCAAGUGAAAUCAGUGUUUGCGAUCCAAAUUUGGUUCAUGUUGCUAUAACCCUAGAUAUCGAUUACCUUCGCGGUUCAAUCGCAGCCGUUCAUUCAAUCUUACGCCACGCUUUUUGUCCAGAGAGUAUCUUCUUUCACUUCCUCGUCACAGAGACGAAUCUUGAAUCGUUCGUUCAAUCGACUUUUCCUAUGUUGAAGUUCAAGGUUUAUUACUUCGAUUCCAACAUCGUGAAGAAUUUGAUUUCUAGUUCCGUUAGACAAGCGCUCGAACAACCGUUGAAUUACGCGAGAAACUAUCUCGCGGAUCUGUUGGAGAGUUGCGUUCAGAGAGUGAUUUAUUUGGAUUCAGAUCUUGUUGUUGUUGACGAUGUUUCGAAACUAUGGACUACCAAUUUGGAUUCUAAGACGAUCGGAGCGCCGGAAUAUUGUCACGCUAACUUCACCAAGUAUUUCACGGCGGCGUUUUGGUCGGAGACGCGGUUUACAGCGGCGUUUGAGAAUCGGAAGAAGGUUUGUUACUUUAACACGGGAGUUAUGGUUAUGGAUCUGGUAAGGUGGAGGAAAGAAGGGUACACGAAGAGGAUAGAAAAAUGGAUGGAGAUUCAGAAGAGUGAAAGGAUCUACGAGCUUGGUUCUCUUCCACCGUUUCUUUUGGUUUUUGCAGGACACGUGGCACCUAUUGAACACCGGUGGAAUCAACAUGGUUUAGGUGGUGAUAAUGUUAAGGGUAGUUGUAGAGAUUUGCAUGCUGGUCCAGUUAGUUUGCUACAUUGGUCCGGUAGUGGUAAACCAUGGUUGAGACUUGAUUCUAAACGACCAUGUCCUCUUGAUGCUCUUUGGGCACCGUUUGAUUUGUAUGGACACACUCAUUCUUCAUAGAUAGAGACACUACUACGCAAACCCAGGCAGUAGUAAUUGGCACUAGGCACUGCAUUCAAUCACGUAUCGGUGCGGUAGAGCAAGUUCAGAGUGCAUUGUAUUGUAUUGUGUUUUGUUUUAUCUGUUGAAUCUGUGUGUUGGGAAAUGGCAUGCUGCUACUUGCCAAAGGGGACAAUGAAAGGAUACUGAACAUGUGUGAUUUAUAUUUUAUUUUAUUUAUUAAAUAUAGUUGAUAAUGUAAGCGGAAGGUGGAAGGUGGAAGGUGGAAGUGGAAGACACGUAUGUUGUUAUUUUGCAUGGUGGAUAGCUUAGCUGUCCACGUCUACAAUAAGAGAAGAGGAAAAGGAAAAGGAAAAGGAAUCGAAUUAUGCAGCAAUGGGAGUUUGAGAUAUGUAUGAGGGAACAAGAUUCACAUGAAGUAUCUAACAUAUUCGGCAGCAAUGCUAACAAACAAUUCAACGAGUGAUGCUGUGAAGCUAAGUUUGCGGGCACUUUGAGGGAAGAAUGCUUUGGUUUGGUGGCAGUGGUGGAAUAGAACGUAUGUGAGAUGAGAUAAUCUGUGUUUCUUUUCUUCUGCACUUGUUGUUGUAUUCUAUUCAAAUUUAUUUGCCCGUGUCCGUCACUGUCACUUUGUCCUUUGCACCGCUUGCAUAAUACUAGCUGGCAAUGCUUUGUUCUGCUCUGUUUUGUUUUUCUCUUCCACCUUCAGAGAUUUAUUAUUCUGCUACGUUUUUGGCCCCACAAUAAAUAUAUGAUGCGAAACUCGUCUGUCAUUUUCCUCA